AGCAAACUCCAGGAUCCACCACUAGAUACCAGAAUCAUAAUGAGUUUUAAGAAAUACUAUCAUCGUCAUUAUAUUCGCUGGAUAUUAGAGUAUGUAGAAAAGGAUGAAUAUGUUGAUGAACUAAAAAUAGAUAUGUUGAAAGCUAUACAGUUUAUUAUUCAAGGCUGGGAUGAAACUAUAGACCCAACACUUGAUAAUCUUAUUAAUACACUUGAAGAUCUCCAUAUUCAUCUUGUUGACCCAAUGCUAGUUAAAGAAUUUCUUUCAAUUUCUGUGGAAGAUGUUGUUUAUAAAAUUUCUAAAAAUAACCAAGUUAUUAAGGAGCUUAUAAAAACUUUUAGGCCAGUUGAUAUAACUUGUGAUGAUUCAGAAGAUGAUAAUAGUAUUGAAAUUCUUUAA